AUGACCAGCGAGCCAGAGUCAACCGAUACGGACACUCAGCCGCAGCCGCAGCAAAAGACGACUACUGACGCGAAGAAGAAGGCUGCGAACUCGUACUAUUAUUGGCACGGUCACGAGAAGGAGCGUGCUAAGGUGGGGGAUGUGGCUCCAAUGCCCACACCGCAGCUGGUGAAGAAGUCGGAGAGCGUUGACCCGCUCCCCAUCGCCGCCACAACUUUCUCCAUCACGAAGUACAGCUGGGGUGACGCUGAGAAGGUUGCUACUGUCUACGUGGAGACGAAAGUUGAGGGGGAACAGCCGUUGGUGGACGAGACGUUGCAAGUGGAGUUCCAGCGGCGGAAGGUGACUGUGUCUUACGCGGCGAACGUGGUAUCGUCCAAGGCCACCACGUUGCGGCGCAAAAAGCAGCUUUUGCUGCACCUCUGCAAAUCUAUUAAGGCGGAUGAGUGCACUUACAAGGUAAAGGAGUCGAGUGGCCAGGUUGUUCUGCGACUUGUGAAGGAGAAGCCCUCGACAUGGUUUGAAUUGAUUGGCAAGGACGCAACCUCGGGCAAUGACAGCGACAAGGACUCCGAGACGGAGGGCGGGGGCGGACUUGUGCAGGAGGAAGGCCUUGAGUGA